GUGCGUGCGUACGUCGUGCGUGCAGUGAGCUUGCCCGGCACCGCGGCCUCGCCCUCCGCCCCUGAGCCCCGCCACCCAGGCCGCCGCCCCCCGCCCGCGCCGCCGCCCCCGACGGGGAGGACCAUGGCGAAGGUGGAGCAGGUCCUGAGCCUCGAGCCACAGCACGAGCUCAAGUUCCGAGGUCCCUUCACUGAUGUCGUUACCACCAACCUAAAGCUCGGCAACCCAACAGACCGAAACGUGUGUUUUAAAGUGAAGACCACAGCACCGCGCAGGUACUGCGUGCGUCCCAACAGUGGGGUCAUUGAUGCUGGGGCCUCUCUCAAUGUGUCUGUGAUGUUACAGCCUUUCGAUUACGAUCCCAAUGAGAAAAGUAAACACAAGUUUAUGGUUCAGUCUAUGUUUGCUCCGCCUGACACUUCUGAUAUGGAGGCUGUAUGGAAGGAGGCAAAACCGGAAGACCUUAUGGAUUCAAAACUUAGAUGUGUGUUUGAAUUGCCAGCAGAAAACGCUAAACCACACGACGUAGAAAUAAAUAAAAUCGCGCCUGCAAGUGCAUCCAAGGCAGAUGCCCCAGCUGCUGCUAAGUCCCUGACGUCGCCCCUCGAUGACACAGAAGUAAAGAAGGUGAUGGAAGAGUGCAGGCGGCUGCAGGGGGAGGUGCAGAGGCUUCGGGAGGAGAGCAGGCAGCUCAAGGAAGAAGACGGGCUUCGGGUGAGGAAGGCGCUGCCGAGCAGCAGCCCCAUGGCGGCUCUGGCUGCCACCGGGAAGGAGGAAGGCCUCAGCGCCCGGCUGCUGGCCUUGGUGGUUUUGUUCUUCAUCGUCGGCGUCAUCAUCGGGAAGAUUGCCUUGUAGAGGCCGCAUGCGAAGGACGGCAGAUUGGAUGGAUGGAUCUACCACACCAUGGGAUUUAAAUUUAUCAUAACCAUGCGUAAAAAGAAAUUAAUGUAUGACGGCAUCUCACAGGUCUUGCCUUUAAAUACCCCUCCCCAUGCACACACAAAUGCACACACAAAUAUAGCAUAAUAUAAUGAUCUUUUAGAAAGUUAAAAAUGUAUAGGGAACGGAUGGGGGAAGAACGGUCUGUCGCCGCAGUAGGACGGGCCGUGAUUAACCACAGUGGCACCUUGUAGCUGUCACGUUCAGUUCGGGUAGGCCUUGGCACGUGUUGCUAGAUCACUCUCUUAAAGCAAGAAGCUCUUCCUCACACGUUGGAGCUGGCCCGUGGGAGCGGGAGUCCUGCAAGGUGGAGCAAGCUGUCUUUUCUUACCCAAGUGGCUUCCCCAGGCCUGCUGUUCUGUCCAGGCACUGUCUCCUCAGGCCUACAGAGCCGCAGGAGCCAAAGUGCAUUGCACAGCGGCCACAUCCUGUGUACCUGUAGGUCACAUGGGAGAGACACAAGUGGAGCGAUGGGCCCACCGCAGGGAGUCGCAGUCUGCGCUCUGUUCUCUUGAAGGGACCAAGCUAAAUUACUGUCGGUUGGAGUAGUGAGCUGGGUUGUCAUCAGAGCUGAUGCUGAUGGAACCUGUUUCAUCUCCUGUCCCUGCUGCCACCAGAGCACAGGCACUGAGGGUUGCAGCCUGACCACCCCACCGGAGAGGGAGGAGCUGCUGCUGCAGGCUCUGGAGGUCUGAGGGAUGGGAAGGGUCUGAGUCAGGGGUGUCUUGUUGUAGGUCAGUAACUGCUGUCCUGAGGAGGGAUACUCUUUAUAAUGACAGUCAUCUCUGGAGUCCCAGCCUUCUAGAGUGUUCUUCCCCACUCUCCCUAACACUCAUCCUUCUAGAUCAUAGGCCAGCUCUGACCUGCCCUCUCAGGAUGAAUGAGCCAGGCUGCAGGGGGUGAAGGGCAUAGAGGGGGCGGGGAGGGGGGAGGGGAGCCCCUCAGCAAAUCCAUCUGCUGGUGAUGAAGAGUCUUGACUGAAUUAAUUUCAUGCCAUAAAAGACCGAUCCAGUUCUGCUCAACUAUGUAGCAUCCUAAAGGAAGAGAUUAAAAUAAAGCCCCAAAUUAUGA